AUGUUUUCGGAGAUACUGACUGUGUUAGUCCUAUUUCAUUUUUACACUAUUGGUACCACACAGCGUUCGACUUGGUUGAUUCAGUUUGGCGCAGUUGUUAGGAGGUUUGGUUUGGGUUGGGUUGGUCAUUGGAUCGUGUUUGCUCUCCAGUAUUCUCUUUCGGACGGUCGAUUAGCCCGAGAGCUCAUUCAUGGAGAGAUAAUAACGACUUGGUUCACUUUGAUCGAACAUAUAUUCGACUACUCAUGCACUAUUGGUAUUUCUAAUCGUGCAACAUCUGUGGUAUUAUUUGUUGUGCGUACGAUUAAAAUUACUUGUCGGAUUUAUUUGCUUGUCACUUCGCACCAGGCAACUUUUGAAGGCCGCUUUGAACGAAUAAAAACGGCAUGCAGACAGAAUCCACAGCUUCGCAUCUGUGGAACACUGCAGAAACCUAACUUCGAUAGGGGCGAUUUUUUUGCUGAGGAAGAAGAAGAUGAAGACGUUUCCAAAGAAAAACAAGAGGAUCAGGAAACUGUUGGGUUGAAAAGGUAUAUUGUUGAAACACCAUUUGCCGAUGCAACUCCUAAGAGUGCUGAGGAGGAGGAAACUGGAAAUAAAGGAGAAGGGAGGCCGCUAUUCAAGGAAGUGGAUAUUAACGCCAACAAAAACGCAAAAGCUUCUGGACAGUUUGACUUAGAUGAGAAGAUGGCCGACUUUUUGAAGCAAGAGGAACAGUCUAAAAGCGGAACGAGAAGUUCACGAAAUGAAGAGGAAUCCAGAAGCCAAACUAAAAAUCCGUGGAACGAAGAUGAAUCUAGAACGGGAACUAAAAAUCGUUGGGACGAUAACUCGCCUGAAAGCAGAAUUAGAAGUUUGAAGAAUGAGGUGUUUGAGUUUGGCGGACAAGUCGAUGGGUCUGAAGCCGAGUUUUGUAAAAAUUAUUCUCAGUCUUGUGAAAUUACACAGAUUGUUAUACCAGUGAUUACUUACUGUAGACGAUAUUACAAGCAUUUUGCGAAGUUCUGUGGCGAUCCAGAAAAUGUCACUGAUAAGAUAAGCAGUUUCUGCUUUGCAUUCGCUAAAUUUUGCCUUCCUGCGGAUAACGAAACGAAUGACCAAUUACAGCCGACACGCACUGGUCGCACCGCUAGUGUUUUACAAGAGCCGUCUUCCGACUUGAAGAGAUGUGAAGAUGUAGUUGAUGAAGCACGCAAAGUAUGUAAUCCCUUUCCGUCACCCAAAGACCGUUUCAAUACUUACAGAUGCAAACAGUUUUUGUCGCACUGUAAGAAGUACGUGGAUUGGAUUUAA